AUGAGCAAUUUAACAGAUCCAUCCGAUUACUGUACGCUGGACAUUUGUCCACUAAGCGAAGCGUACAUUGAAUACGUGCCUUCACUGGCCGGGAAUGCCUUCUACUUGGGCAUUUUCGCAGUCCUGUUGGUAGCCCAGGUGGUGCUGGGCAUUCGAUAUCGGACCUGGGGCUACCUCGCUGGCUUAUUUGGUGGCCUAGUACUCGAAAUAAUCGGAUAUGCCGGACGAUUGCAGAUGCAUUAUAAUCCAUUUCGCUUCGAUCCUUACCUUGAAUAUUUGGUCUGCCUCACAAUAGGCCCUGCAUUCAUCAGUGCCUCGAUCUAUAUCUGUCUCGGACGGAUUGUCGUCAUCUACGGAGAGAACAUUUCGCGCCUCCGUCCUCGGACUUAUACUAUUGUCUUCAUCCUCUGUGACCUGGUUUCACUGCUACUCCAGGCUUCAGGAGGCGCUAUUACCUCUAUCGCUGAUGCGGACCAGCCUGAUCUAGGUCAAGCUGGAAUUAAUAUCAUGAUCGCCGGUCUAUCAACCCAGGUUGUCUCCCUCGCUAUCUUCAUGGCACUUUGUCUGGAUUUCGCCUGGACAGUUCGCAAGAGCCAGCACAAACUCAACCCUGAGAUACGUAUGAUUGAUCUCCGCAAUAGCAUGAAGUGGAAAGCGUUUCUAGCUGGUCUGGCCAUAGCAACGCUUGCCAUUUUUGUUCGUUCUGUGUUCCGUGUCGCAGAGCUCAAGGGCGGAUUCCACAGCGCACUGGCAAACAAUGAAGUUGCCUUCAUGGUCCUGGAGGGAGUUAUGCUCGCGGUCGCGCUUUUGGCUCUGACGAUACUUCAUCCGGGGAUAUGCUUUGAUGGUCUAUGGAAUAAGACGAAGUGGUCUUUCCGCAAGUCGCGUGAUAUGGAGAUGAGUUUGAUAUCUGAGAUCUCGGAUGGGCAGGCAAAGGCCAGACAGAUUGAUGAUGCAUCAAGCUGA